AUGGGAGGCCUCCAGAGUGAGAGACUGGUCUACUUCCCUCUCCCGGCAACACGGCCGACGCCGCCGCCGCCGCGGCCACCGCCACCGCCACCUGCUCCGCCUCCAAUUCCUACGCCAACUCCGAUGCCCCCACCGCCGCGUCCACCGCCAAUACCACCGCCAAACCCUCCACCACGGCCGCCUCCAACGCCACCUCCAGCACCCCCGCCACCUCCAAAUCCUUCACCACCUCCAGCACCACCUCCAGCACCACCGCCACCACCAGCGCCGCCUCCAAAUCCUCCCCCCGGACCACCACCCGGGCCGCCUCCAAAUCCGCCUCCCUGA